CUAUAUAAAUAAUAAGCAGUCGAAUAAAAAUAGAACAAGGUAGGAAGGAAAGAAUUCAAAGCAGAAGGCGAGAAAGAAAAGAAAAGAAACUUGCAGUGUAGAUCAGGAGGAGUAGAACAUCUUCGUCAUUUGUCUCUCUCAGAUCUGGUUUCCCUACAUUUCAUUCUCUUCACUCUUUCAAAGCUCUAAAAGCAGUGCCCCCUUUGUCAUUGUUGCAGAGUAUUUCGAGAGUGGAUUUAGAAGGGAAAAAUCCAAACAAAAUGGAGAGGAGCACUCCAGUGAGGAAACCACACGCUUCAACAGCAGAUCUGCUCACUUGGUCCGAAAUUCCUCCCACCGAUUACCCCGCCACCGCCCCACGCUCCACUCGCCCUCACCAGCCGUCGGAUGGGAUCAGAAAAGUGGUGUUCGGAGGUCAAGUGACCGAUGAAGAAUUUGAAAGCUUAAACAAACGGAAACCUUGUUCUGGAUAUAAAAUGAAGGAGAUGACUGGUAGUGGUAUUUUUGCAGCCAAUGGAGAAAAUGAUGAGUCUGAACCAGGUAGUGCCAAUCCCAUUUCAAACAGCAAAACAGGACUACGAAUGUACCAGCAAACCUUAACUGGAAUCAGUCACAUCUCAUUUGCUGAGGAAGAGAGUAUUUCCCCCCAAAAGCCAACUACUCUAACCGAGGUGGCGAAGCAGCGUGAGCUAAGUGGAACACUGGAAAGUGAGGAAGCAAUGUUGAAGAAACAGCUCUCUGAUGCAAAGUGCAAGGAGCUGAGCGGACAUGACAUCUUCGCGCUCCCACCUGAAAUUUUGCCCAGGCCGACAGCCGUACGUGCAUUGGCGUUGAAAGAUAAUUUUAAAAUGGGAGAACCUGAUACACAUAAUUCUGCCGGAGGUAGCAUGUCAAGUGAGGAGGAUGUGGCUAAGACAGCAAAGAAAAUUUAUGAUAAGAAAUUUACUGAGCUAUCAGGAAAUGGCAUAUUUAGGGGUGAUGUUACUCCAGGUUCUGCAGAGAAACCACUCAGCGGGGCAAAACUGCGAGAGAUGAGUGGCAGCAAUAUCUUCGCUGAUGGGAAGGUGGACUCUCGAGUCUACCUCGGUGGUGUACGCAAACCCCCUGGUGGUGAAAGCAGCAUUGCUUUGGUUUAACUUGUUCGGUCUUAAUCAUGGUGUUUUUCUGUUAUCUUCAUUGGGGGCGUGUUUAUAUUAUUUGAGAGUUUCCAUUGUGGGUUCUGGGAAUUAUAUUUUAGGUUUACCAUGUCAACUUGAGCUAUGGGCCUAUGCUAAUAGCUGUGCUCGUCCAUGAGUCCUGUGGGUUUCAGUCCCAUUCCAGUGAAUGU